AGUUAAUUUGACUUAUUAAACAAUUUAACCCUAUUGCAAUAAGAAACAUUCAUAACCUUCAAUAAACAAUCAUACCAAUUGCAGUGAUGACUGCUAUAUAAACUGCUUGGUUGCUAUUACAACAUAUUCAACAAUAAGUUGGUUAGAAAGGCUUAGAGAGUAUAACAGUUUUGUAAACAUGGCCAAUCCUAAUUGGCCAUCUCUACUUAUGUUGGUCUUGGCUUUGUUUACCAUUGUUGUUCAUUCAAGUGCACAAUAUUCUCCUCCAUCACCACCACCAUAUGCUUAUAGUUCUCCAUGGCUUCCACCAUAUGUUUACAAGUCUCCUCCACUACCUCCAUACGUAUAUAACUCUCCACCGCCUCCUCCAUAUGUUUACAACUCGCCACCACCUCCUCCUUACGUCUACAGCUCUCCACCGCCUCCUCCCUAUGUUUACAAGUCUCCUCCACCACCUCCAUACGUCUAUAGCUCUCCACCACCACCACCAUAUGUCUACAAGUCUCCUCCACCACCUCCAUAUGUCUAUAGCUCUCCACCACCACCACCAUAUGUCUACAAGUCUCCUCCACCACCUCCAUACGUAUAUCCCUCUCCACCUCCUCCUCCGUAUGUCUACAAGUCUCCUCCACCACCUCCAUAUGUCUAUAGCUCUCCACCACCUCCUCCGUAUGUUUACAAGUCUCCUCCACCACCUCCAUAUGUCUAUAGCUCUCCACCACCUCCUCCGUAUGUCUACAAGUCUCCUCCACCACCUCCAUAUGUCUAUAGCUCUCCACCACCACCACCAUAUGUCUACAACUCUCCUCCACCACCAUAUGUCUAUAGCUCUCCACCACCACCACCAUAUGUUUACAAGUCUCCUCCACCACCACCGUAUGUCUACAAGUCUCCUCCACCACCACCGUAUGUCUACAAGUCUCCACCACCACCUCCAUACGUCUAUAGCUCUCCACCACCUCCUCCGUAUGUCUACAAGUCUCCUCCACCACCUCCAUACGUUUAUAGCUCUCCACCACCUCCACCAUAUGUCCACAAGUCUCCUCCACCACCUCCAUACGUCUAUAGCUCUCCACCACCACCACCAUAUGUCUACAAGUCUCCUCCACCACCUCCAUACGUCUAUAGCUCCCCACCACCUCCACCAUAUGUCUACAAGUCUCCUCCACCACCUCCAUACGUCUAUAGCUCUCCACCACCACCACCAUAUGUCUACAAGUCUCCUCCACCACCUCCAUACGUAUAUAGCUCUCCACCACCUCCUCCGUAUGUUUACAAGUCUCCUCCACCACCUCCUUAUGUCUACAGCUCUCCACCGCCUCCCCCGUAUAUUUACAAGUCUCCUCCACCACCUCCUUAUGUCUACAGCUCUCCACCGCCUCCCCCGUAUGUUUACAAGUCUCCUCCACCACCUCCCUACGUGUAUAGCUCUCCACCACCUCCACCAUAUGUCUACAAGUCUCCUCCACCACCUCCUUAUGUCUACAGCUCCCCACCUCCUCCUCCGUAUGUUUACAAGUCUCCUCCACCACCUCCGUACGUGUACAGUUCUCCUCCACCACCAUCUUACAUCUACAGCUCUCCACCACCUCCAAGCUAUAGUUAUAGCUAUAGCUCACCCCCUCCACCAAUAUACUAACCAUAUAUACAUAAUACAAAGAAGGUUUUACUAAUAAGUUACGACCAUGGUAUCCACGGUUUUACAAUAUUUCCCUUUCGAGACUUCAAUAUAGACGAAAUGUACUUUCGUUUGUACUUAUACUUGUGCAUUUUGAUAUUGGGUUGUUGCUUAUGAUGUUUGUUAUGCCUACUAAAAGGCCAGUGUAUUAAUGUCUUAAUUUAUAGCUAUUGAAUAAACUUAAUUACUUUUUAA